AUGCAUUACAAGUCUUCCGUGUUCUUCACAGCAACGUUACUCCUUGCACUUUCGGUGCUUUCUACGGCAGAUCUAGCCGGUGAUUGGCCUCCUCUGGACCAACCUCCUCCAAUGAAACCAGAGUGGGCUGCAUUGGUUGAUAAAAAAAAGGUACCAAAUGCUCCCGUACAAAAGAAAGCCGCAGGCGACUGUAAAAAAGCUCAAGCUUUUUGUAAUUGGUCAUGCGAUAAUUGUGUGAGGGAGGAAAGCGAUUUUACAGUCUGUCCGAAUUCAGGAGAUUGGGGUAUUACUUAUGACGAUGGACCAUCACCCAGCACACCAGCGCUUCUCGACUUUCUCGAUAAAACCAACACCAAGGCCACAUUUUUCGUUGUUGGUUCACGUGUUGUCGAAAAUCCCGAGAUACUCAAGCGUGCGUUCGACGCCGGACAUCAAAUAGCUAUGCACACAUGGUCACAUCCUGCACUUACGACUCAAACCACAGACCAAAUUAUUGCCGAGAUUAAAUGGACCGAAGAGGCAAUCAAGGCUGCAAUUGGAGUUACUCCCGUAUUUGCAAGACCACCAUUUGGCGAUUAUGAUGACAGAGUAAGAAGCAUUUUGACUCAGUUGGGAUACAAAAUUGUUAUAUGGGAUGUGGAUACGUUUGAUUGGCUUUCAGACGGCAAUCCAAACUACAAUCCUGCGCUUAUUACUGGAAAUGCUACAGCUGGUGCUAAAGACAAGUCAAAAGGACACAUUUCACUUGAGCACGAUUUAUACCCAGUGGCUGCCAAGACUGCUCCUCGUGUCAUUGAAAUUGUCAAAAAUGCUGGUUUUAAUGUCAAGCCUGUGUCAGUAUGUGUUGGAGCGAAACCAUAUAAAGAAGAUUCCACUACCAGUUCCACUGCAUCGGCAACCGCCGCCAGUGAUUCUUCAGGUUCAACUGACAGUAAUGUCAACGGAGACGCAUCUUCGGCCAGUCGUUCAUAUUUUGCUUCAUCACUUGUAUCAUUGAUUGGAUUGACGCUUUUCCUUAUUGGUUAA